AUGCUAAAUAAACUCCCCAUUGAGAUACUACACAAGAUAUUUUAUAUUUUAGACCCUAAACCAUUCCAGCAUUCACCAGAUCAUCAUUUCCAUUAUCCUUCUGCCACAUUAUUACCACUUGCUCAAGUUGAUCAUUACCUUAGAAAUGCUAUAGGUCCUUUGUUAUACUCUUAUAUUUCAUUGGUCCGUGAAUAUGAAAUGGAAACUCAAAGGUCUGGGUUAUAUGAGCGUGCUUAUCAAAGAUGGAAUAAUAUAAGAUACGCAAAGAAAUUUAUUAAGGAAUUAGAAAUACCAAAUACAAUGCCAUUAAGUGAUCUUGAAGAUAUUAAGAAUCAAAUAGAAUCGUUAACUAUAUUAGAUGGGAAUAAAUAUAACAUAGAUACAGAUGAGCCAUUGGAACUUAAUCAUUUAGCAAUUGUAUUACCAAAUGAAGUAAUCAAUGUUAAGAACCUCAAAAGAUUAGAUUUACUUAUUGAUUCAUCAACAUUAAAUACAUUAUCUUCAUUACAAUCAUUUACAUCAUGUCAAAUACAAGAGCUAAAUAUAACAACAAGAAAUUUCCCCUUACUGUCCAAAUCACACAGUUUCCAAAAAUUCUUAUAUUCUUUCCAAUCAAGUUUAAAGAAAUUAUCAUAUAGAUAUACACAACAAAGAUUACCAACUUCAAUAAGUUUCAGUUAUGAUGAUGGUGAUGAUGAUCAAAUCUCAAACAAUUAUGAGUUCACAAGUGUUUUAAAUGAAUUACAACUAACACAUUUAUCAAUUGAUUUAUAUUUCUUAUCAAGUAGGAUAUUUGAAUCCGUAAGAACUUUUAUUAGUCCCGGGAGAAAUAGUUUUAAAAAACCAUUAAAUUUCACAAUAAGAGAACCUUCAUUAGCUGGAUUAUUAACAACUGAAGAAUUGAACAGAAUAACAGAAUUUUGUUCAAAUUUAUCAACUUAUCAAAUUGAAAAAAUAAUAUUUGCUUUUGGUAUCCAAACAGAAAUUCCAUAUCAUACAUCAUUAUCAAUUUUACAAAAUUUAAUCAAAUUUUCUAAAAACAUAUCAUCAUCAAAUACUAGUGCACAAAGACAAGAUCCAUUUGAAUAUUUAAAACAAGUUGGAACCCAUAUGAUUUGGAGUAUAAUUGAUGAUUCAUUAUUCAUGGAAAGUUCAAGGACAAAAGAUCAUCCAUUAUUAUCAUAUGAAACUAAUGCUCAUUAUAGUCCAUCAUUUAGAACUUUAGAAAAUUUCAAAGUUAUUAAAGAUGAUGAAGUUAAUAAACCAAUUCAAUUAAUUCGUGAAAAUUCUGAAAUUGAUUAUGAAUUUUGGAGUCAAGAAAAUCUUAGUACAAUUUUACAAAAAUUUAGUAGAUAUACAAGGUCAAGUCUUUGGGAUUAA